ACUGAAAAUGUGACAAGUCAUCAGAUGAUGUACGUUUGUGUCAAAGAUUUUGACGUAUUUUUUCUAAUGGAAUUUACUGAUAAAAAAGUAUAAAUUAUGAAAGAUAUUGUGCAUCUAAAGUUUUAUCUCCUGAAUAAUUUAUCUGAAUUAAUGUGCAUAUGAUAUGACUUUACAAUAUAAUUUUUAGUUUUAUGGGUCAUUAAAUAGUUAGCAUUAAUUUGUUCUAUUUGUGUAUGAAUAUUGACUAUUAAACAUGUCCCUUACCAUUCAGCAGAUUAUUACUGACGCAAAAAGACUUGCUGGUCGCUUAAAAGAAAGGGAUUCUGUUGCAAAUUUUUUACUUUCCGAAACUCAUGCAAUAAAUAAGAAGAUUGAUGCAAUGAAACAGUUUCAAGAGGAAGUAGAACAAUUAAAUGAGGUAGCUAAUCAGAAGCCUCACUCACAACUUAUUGCAAAUAUUCAAAAGGAAAAUAGACAUUUGCGGGAAAUUCAACAGGAGAAUCGAGAAUUAAAGUUAGCUCUUGAAGAUUAUCAAAGUACUCUCGAGCAUAUAAUGACAAAAUAUAGAGAACAUACACAAGACGAGAUAUAUAAGUCUAGAAUUGAUUUUAAGGGUGUUCAAGAUCAAAGAUAUCAAUACAUAAUUCAACAGCAAGCAGAAAAAAUACAGGAAAUGGCUGCGAUAAUGGAGAAAGCAGCUAUACUUGAUGAAGAUAGAGACUUCAAAUUAGAGGAAGUUAUAGCAAGACUUAAAACUGAAAAUCAGGGUUUAAGAUCAUUACUUAAAAUAUCCCAAAACAUAAACCUGAACACAGAAGAUAAAAAUAUUCAAACUGAAAAUUUAUAAUCUCACGUGACACAUCUGUAUUUAAAUGUAUAAAUUUUUAUUAUGUACAAUUUAUUUUUAUAUUAGUUAAUUCACUGUGUAUUAUUAAUAUUUGUUAUAAUUUUGAUAUAGGUUUAACUAUUAUAAAUUUGAUUCACAAAAUAUGUAUUGCAAUAAAAGACUAAUUUUUUUAA